CCCGGAAGGAGCGAGCUUGCGGCGCGUGAACCAGUGAGUGAAAGCGGCGCCGCCCGCCGGCUGCAGGUGCGGCAAAGCCAGUGUCAUCUGCAGGUUCUCUUAGGGCUCCCGGAAAGAAGGAGGGCGAGCCGCGUGCAUUCGCGCCGCGUCUCCUUGCGUUUCUGUUCCCCAAAUAGGGCCUCUCCCCCCGCCGCCCAGGCCCCUGCGUGGGCUGGACGCGUCAGCCCCACACAUUAGCCUCGCUGCGCCGCCCAGACUCUGCCUUGCCUCCCCGUCCCGGUCCCUGGCCCCUGCCCUGUCGCCCGCCGCCGGAGCGGUGACCGCCCGGCCCGCCGUUCUUCUGCUGCCAUCGCUGCCGGCAUCAUGGGCAGUGAGCAGAGCUCCGAGGCCGAGAGCCGACCCAACGAUCUGAACUCCUCAGUGACUCCUUCACCAGCCAAGCAUAGAGCCAAGAUGGAUGAUAUUGUGGUUGUAGCUCAGGGCUCCCAGGCCUCACGGAACGUCAGCAACGAUCCCGAUGUCAUCAAGUUGCAAGAGAUUCCAACCUUCCAGCCCCUUCUGAAAGGGCUAUUGAGUGGCCAGACUUCCCCAACAAAUGCCAAAUUGGAGAAACUGGACUCUCAGCAGGUGUUGCAACUCUGCCUCCGAUAUCAAGAUCACCUGCAUCAGUGUGCAGAGGCUGUUGCUUUUGACCAGAAUGCUUUGGUUAAACGUAUCAAAGAGAUGGAUCUGUCUGUAGAAACUCUGUUCAGCUUCAUGCAGGAGCGCCAGAAAAGAUACGCCAAGUACGCCGAGCAGAUCCAGAAAGUGAACGAGAUGUCCGCCAUCCUCCGCCGCAUACAGAUGGGCGUGGACCAGACCGUGCCCCUGCUGGACAGGCUCAACAGCCUGCUGCCCGAGAGCGAGCGGCUGGAGCCCUUCAGCAUGAAGCCCGACCGCCAGCUCAGGCUGUAGCUGCCGCCCGGCCUGCCUGGGGCUGGGAGCCCCAGACACCGACACCCUGAGGAGGUUUGGAGCCAACAUCGUAUCAUCUGACCAGGGCUGGAAGCCAGCGGGAGGCUCUGGUACUCCCUGACGUGGGUACGAAGGAGUCCGGCAGGCGUGAAAAUCUGACUUUGCCCAACUCUUUUCCUUGAUGCAGUUUCCCUAUGUGAGAGGAGCCAAACCAGUUCUCGGUGAUAACUGAAGCUGGAACAUGUGAAUUAUUAGGAAUUCUUUGAAGAACUCUGCAUUGAGAACUAUUUUUAUUUAGUUUUUUGUUUUUUUUUUUUCAAUUGAGAGUAUGUAUUGUAGUCCAGGUACUGGAAUGAAAAUAUGGAGACAAGGGGAGAAUGUUUUAAGAAGCUCUUUGUUCUCAGUGCCCUCAUGACGUUUUCAGUGGGCUGUCUGGUUUACAUGUCAACAUGAAAAACUCACUGAAUCUA